AUGUCGACCCUUAGGCGCGUCGGUGCGGCCCUCGUGGCAGCUUCGCUAUGUGUCGCUCAAUCAACGCCGGUCAUGUACAAGGAUGAGAAGACGGGCAUCCAGCUUGGCACCUGGGGCUACACCCCCGACGCGACCAGUGAGGACGACCCUGGUUUUGGAGCUUACACCUUCGGCAUGGCUCUUCCUGAGGACGCCAUGACGAAGGAUGCCAAUGAGUAUAUUGGUAUCUUGAGAUGUUCUAUUACCAGCCCGACUGAGACCGGCUGGUGCGCCGUCUCUCAUGGUGGUUCCGGGCAGAUGACGCAGGCGCUACUCCUCAUGGCAUGGCCGUACGAAAACGAGGUCCUGACAUCGUUCCGCUACACCUCUGGCUACCAGCUUCCGCCCGUCUACAAGGGCAAUGCGACCCUGACCCAGAUCUCGUCUUUCGUCAAUGCCACCACGUACGAGGUCAUCUACCGGUGCCAGAACUGCUUCGAAUGGGACAACGGCGGUGCCAGCGUGAAGGUGUCGACCACCGCCAAGUCCUUUGUCCUGGGGAGGGCCCAGGCUAUCAAGAGCGUGACCAAUCCUGGAUGCCCCGACAAGAUCAGCUUCGGCUUCCACGACGAUGGUUAUGGCCAGUACGGAGCUGCUCUCGACCAGAUUGUCAACCCGUCAUACAGCGCUUGGGCUGCUCUAGCUAAGACGGUUCCUAAGACCAGCUGCGACGACGCCGGGACACCGGCGGCCGGACCUAGCACAACUGCGGCGUCCCCUACCGCUACCGCUACCGCUACCGCUACCGGUAGUGCUAGCGGCAGUGCCUCCGGCUCCGCUACCGAAACUGAUGCUCCUACCGCUUCCGCUUCCGCUUCCGCUACUGAGCCAGCUUCUUCUUCUGAACCCGCCUCCGCUUCCGAGCCCGCUCCCACUACCACUGGUGAAGCUCCCUCGGCCACCUCCGCGGCGCCAAGCUCGACCCAGGCUGCGUGCGCCUCAGUCCCGACCGGUUCGGCAGCCAAGACCUACGAGUACAUCAUUGUCGGCGGUGGUGCUGGUGGUAUCCCCAUGGCAGACCGGCUCAGCGCGGCUGGCCACAGCGUUCUCCUGAUCGAGAAAGGCCCACCAUCCACUGGUCGCUGGGGCGGCACCAUGAAGCCGGAUUGGCUGAUCGGUACCAACCUCACUCGGUUCGACGUGCCGGGCCUCUGCAACCAGAUCUGGCAUGACUCGACUGGCAUCGCUUGCCAGGACACCGAUCAGAUGGCCGGCUGCGUUCUCGGCGGCGGCACUGCUGUAAACGCCGGUCUCUGGUGGAAGCCAAACCCCAAGGACUGGGACUACAACUUCCCCUGGGGCUGGAGGAGCGCCGACCUCAAGAAGGCCACCCAGGCAGCCUUCUCUCGCAUUCCAGGCACGACAACGCCUUCGAUGGACGGGAAGCUGUACCGCCAAGAAGGUUUCAACGUACUGGCCCAAGGCUUCAACGACUCCGGCUGGAGUUACGUGAUCCCCAACGACGCUGAGACGCAGAAGAACCGCACCUAUGGACACACCACCUACAUGUUCUCCAACGGCGAGCGAGGCGGCCCGUUGGCGACCUAUCUGCAGACAGCUAGCCAGCGGCCCAAGCUUUUCGAUCUCUGGACCGACACUACCGUCAGGCGUGUCAUUCGUACCGGUGGCCACAUCACCGGAGUCGAGCUGGAGUGCAAUGAUGGUGGAGGGGGAAAGUCGGGUAUCGUGAAUGUUGCCCCUCAGCUCGGCAGGGUCAUCCUCUCUGCUGGUACAUUCGGAACCGCCAAGCUCCUGAUGCGAAGUGGAUUUGGCCCUGCUGAUCAGCUCUCGAUCGUCAAGAACUCGGCCAAGGACGGCGCCACCAUGAUUCCCAGCAGCGACUGGGUCGAUCUGCCCGUUGGUUACAACCUUGUCGACCACGUCAAUACCGAUACCAUCAUCACGCACCCCGAUGUUGUGUUCUAUGACUUCUACGAGGCAUGGGACGCGCCGAUCCCCGAUGACAAGACCGACUACCUUGAUAACCGGGCGGGCAUCUUGGCUCAGUCUGCUCCAAAUAUCGGCCCCAUGUUCUGGGACGAGAUCAAGGGCUCCGACGGCAUCGUCCGUCAGCUCCAGUGGACUGCACGUGUUGAGGGCAACGAUGCCAUUACUGCCUCGAAGCACGCAAUGACCAUGAGCCAGUACCUGGGCAGAGGAUCUCAGUCGCGUGGCCGCAUGGGCAUCACCGCCAACCUCGACACUGUUGUCUUGACGCCACCCUACCUUCAUGACGAGUUCGACACGGAGGCUGUCAUCCAGGGCAUCAAGAACCUGCAGCAGGCACUGAGCGGCAUCAAGGAUCUCCAGUGGAUCGUGCCAUCCCCGAACAUCACCGUCGAGGACUUUGUCAACAACAUGGAUAAAUCCCCCGCUUCUCGCCGGUCCAACCACUGGAUGGGCACGUCCAAGAUGGGCUACGACGACGGGCGCCUCGGCGGCUCCGCCGUGGUCGACAUCAACGCCAAGGUGUACGGCACCGACAACCUGUUCGUCGUGGACGCCUCCAUCUUCCCGGGCCAGCCGACCGGCAACCCGUCGGCCAUGGUGGUCGUGGCCGCAGAGCAGGCCGCGUCCCGCAUCCUGGCCCUGAGGGCCACGACCGCCGGCGGCCUUGGCGCCCAGUGCGGCGGCAACAAGUGGACCGGCAGCUUCGCGUGCGCCAAGCAGUACGAGUGCAGGGUCCUAGACCCCACCUACUCGAUUUGCGCAAAGCCAGCCGGUACCACCCGCCACUGA